AGAACUAGGGGAGUAUCUGGAGAAAUGGGAAAAAUAAUGAGAGGAGGGUACGCGGCUGACGAGACACGUGUAUAAAGGGAGGAAGAAGUAGAGAGAUAAAAUGACGAUGGUGACCUGAAUGAAGGAAGGAAGAAGAACCCACCGGAUCUAGGGCUUCUCAGAUGGAUUCAACACGCAGAUGAUUCUACCUCUCUGGAUUUUUUCACAGCUUUUAUCAAAUUCUCUUCUCUCCAUCUCUCCCGAUAUUCAAAAAAAUUAGGGAUUCUCGAUGAAAACGAUGAUGAUUGGUUCAAUCUUAAGAGUAAGCAGCAGGCUUGAUUAAUUAUUGAGAGUAAUUGGACCUUCACCGAAUCAAAAGGAAGAAACUUUUAUAGAUUUGACAAGAAGUGAGUUUACUGUAAAACUAUGAGGGCAUUGCACAAAUCCAAAAGGGUAUCUUGGCCACCAGAUUUUAAACUUUGCCAGGGUCUGAUCCUGAGAUACAACCAGUUCUAUCAUGGGUUUGAGAUCAGUGUAGUCAAGUAGUCUGUGAUGAGUUAUUCAAGAGACCGAACCAAGAGGAUUCGGACUUUACACACUCUUCGAUGCUGUCAUUCGCAAACUUUUUUGCUGAUCCAAAUCUACAUUGGUAAGGUACGUCUCUUCAUAUCGGAGGAUUCACCUUCACAAGUUGGAUCAGAAUCUCAAGAUCACCUUCAAGCAAAGUCACAUCCGAGCGAGGAUAAUCUGCCACCUGGUUUCGGUGGACCUCUUUCUGCAAAUGACUCACAGAUUAAGUUAUCAGAUAUCCCAGUAAUUAAGUGGAAAUGCUCUAUCCGGAUUCUGCUAGAUGAGGAAUGGAGAGUGGUUGCAGGGGAUGAAAGCAAAGAAGUGGAGACGCAAAAUCAAAGGGAAUUGAGAGUUCUCGAAGCAUUCUAUCCUGGCGCAUCAGCUAUUCCUCCAAACCCUUCGGUUCCUGCUGAUGUUGACAACUCAGAGUAUGAUGAUCAGCAAACCGUUGUCAUCCCCAUUCUACCUGUAGAAGACGAUGACCUAGCAAUGGAUUCAGCAUCUGAUCUCCCAGCCCAAUCUGGCGUGGAUGUGGGAACAGAGCCAUCAAGAACCGAUGAGAACACAUCAGUUUCUUCAACCCUCCCCGCAGCGUCAGAAAUAAUGGCUGCAUUAACUGCAAUUUCAAACAACAAAGAACUAGGCAGCGGCAUGAUCGACCAAGAUCUGCUUAUGAAAAUCUUGAGCAACCCUAAGCUGGUGGAGAAUCUUGUUGCAAACAAUGGUGGCGCAGGUUCAGUCUCCUCCAACGCAAGUAGCCCCUACCUAUCUGAAGCAAAUGGAGUAGUAACCACAACACCUGCCAGCUCAAAUGGACAAUAUUACCCUCAGCCAACGGUAACUCAUAAUACUCCUUCCAUGACCUAUCCUCCUCCAGCUCCUUCAGAUCAUCCCAACUAUGGAGCACCACCAGCCAGAGAUGCUAGUUAUUACAAGAGCCUGAUUCAGCAACAUGGCGGGGAAAGACAAGAGGCGCCACCGCCGGUUCAACAACAUCUCGGUUAUCGUUAUAACCCUCAACCUGGAGGAGGACCUAACCCUGAGAUGGUAAAUAGCAAUAAUAAUAACAACCAGAGGCCAAGGGAUUCAAAACCAAAGAUAAUGAAGCCGUGCAUGUACUUCAACAGCUCGAGGGGUUGUCGCAAUGGAGCCAACUGUUUAUACCAGCACGAUGCUGCAGAUUACCAGCCGAGGAAUCCAAACAAUGGUAAUGAGAUGCCAAGUGCAAAAAGAAUGAGAUUUGACAGGGACUGAAGCAGAGAAUUAGCAUACCACCACCAUGCUCUUCUCCUCUUGGUGUGAGAGAGCUUGUUGUUAGCAGCAGAGCAAUUUUUUCUUCUUCUCUCUUGCCUGGCUUUGCUGCUAUAUAAGUUUUAUUUACUUUUUGAAACUAUUUCUUGGUCUAUUCCACUCAUAUAAUAUAAUUAGGGAAUUUUCACUCUCUUUUUAAAGGAUGUUUACUUGA